UGAGGUGCCGGAAGCGCUACUCACGUCUUAUGCAGCUAUGCUUGGCUAUGGAAGAAAAAGGGAGGAGGCGUGUCAGCCCGGCCGUCUUCAGUCUUUGAGCUGGGGGUAAGGGGAGAGGGGCGCAGCAUCGGCGAGACGGCUGAGCACAAGCCGGCCUUGCCUGAUGGGAAGGAGUCUUCUACCCUCGCCCUGCGUUGCCCGCCAGGGGCGGUUGCAGGUGGGCGGAGGGCAGGAGGGCGGCGACCGUGCCGGGCUGGGACUGGCCUGGCGGGUCCUUGAAACGGCGACAGGUCCCGUCGGAACCGAGGCGGUGCUGAGGGCCCCCUCCUCACCACCCGCUACUGCGGCAAGCGGGACCAUGCCGUGCACCUGCAGGAACUGGCGGCGCUGGAUCCAGCCGCUAGUGGCUGUCCCGCUCUGCGUGUGGGAGUUGCAGAGACUGGAGAUCUCUACCUAACGCUCCUCAUCUGGAGCUGUCAGAAGGCAGCACCAUGUAGUGAGACAGCAGGAACAUCAGAGGAGAGGACUAGAAUGCCUGCAGGUGAAGGGAGAUUUCUGUUGCUUGUAUGAGGUUCGAAUCCAUACCAAGACGUGGUUUAUUGCUGGAAUCUUUUUAUUGAUGACAAUACCAAUAUCUCUUUGGGGAAUAUUACAACAUUUAGUUCAUUAUACUUAGCCUGAAUUACAGAAACCAAUAAUAAGUGGAUAGCACUGAAAUAUCCCAACAUCGCAAUAUAUGUAGAUACUUGUUGAGAAUGCUACGAAGCAUAUGUCAUCUAUAACUUCAUGGUAUUUCUUUCAAAUUACCUGACCAAUCGGUAUCCAAAUCUGGUGUUUUAUCAUAGAAGCUAAAGAUCAGCAAAGACAUCUAACACCACUGUGUUGCUGUCCGCUAUGGGAGAGGUGUUGUUGUUCAGAAGGUGCAAACUUGGUGUUUUGCAGUAUACAGUUGUCAGACCAUUCACCACUGUUAUUGCUCUAAUUUGUGAAUUGGUUGGUGUAUAUGAUGAAGGAAACUUUAGCUUCAAAAAUGCUUGGACCUACUUCGUGUUUUUCAACAAUAUAUCCCAGCUUGCAAGCUGCACUUAUUGCAUUGUUGGUGAAAGUUGGUGUUAUCUCUGAAACACACACAUGGGAAUGGAAAAGUGUUGAAGCGGUAGCGACUGGUCUACAGGAUUUUAUUACCUGUGUGAUGUUCUUUGCUGUAAUUGCUCAUCACUACAGUUUUUCCUACAAGCCUUAUGUGCAGGAAGCUGAAGAAGGAUCAUGCUUUGAUUAUUUUCUUGCAAUGUGGGAUAUUUCUGAUAUCAGGGCAGAUGUAUCUGAACAAGUUCGCAAUGUUGGAAGGACAGUUUUGGGGCAGCCAAGGAAAAUGUUUUUUGGUGAAGAUUAUGAACAUAAUGAACAUACGAGCUUGCUGUCAUCAUCCACCCAGGAUCUGAUUUCUGCUGCCUCUUUCAUACCAUCAUCUCCUGUGGGUCAUUAUCAAGGAUUUGGACAUACCAUGACUCCAACAAUGCCUACUGAGCCAACAUCUGAUGGCUUGUUUAAAUCUACAGAACAGAGUGAGAAUCCCCCUAUUCCAACAGAGAAGCCUCUAGAUGAAAGUUAG